AUGGUCUUUGCGCUUUCAGAAUUUGGCGAGCAUAAGGGGCACAAACACACCCAUGGCGGCGCUGUCGCCGUUCCUUUCAUGGGAUUAGAGGAAUCGCACGAUGGUGCCGCUCAUUAUGUGAGGUUGGAAGAAGGACACGAUGGAGCGGUGGCGUUAACAAAAAGAGUGGUGAGGGCCUUUGUUUGGCUAGCGGCGGUGGCGGCGGUAAUUUUUGCGGGAUCCAUGCUGCUGUUUCAGAUUGCGUCAAGAGAGUUGAUAAAGAAAAACCGCGCGCUCAGUAUUUCUUCGGUGGUAGGGAACUAUUGGCUCAACUACGAGCGCGUGUACCCCGUCCGGGACGAAGAAACCGAGAGAAACGGAGAAGAAGCUGCGUGGCCUUACGCGUUAUAUCGUCUAUUCUGUACUUGUGAAAGAAAUUUGGCUUCUGCAGGAAAAAAAGCGCCUGCGAUCACAUCGAGUAAGUUGCUUGUGUUUUUUAUACACGGAAAUUUGGGGGCAUACGAUGAGGCCUCUCAACUGGGGUGUGUUGUGUCUCGAUUGAUCAGCGUAACGAGUGAAGUGUAUACCUUUGACUUCCUGCAGCAAGCGAACAUUCACCGUGGUAAGCUCCUUCAGCAACAGGCGGCUUUUGUCGCACACACCUUGGGAUUAAGGCGAUGGGGAAGUGAGUCCAAAAAUAUUACGAGUGCCAUGGAGUUCCAGGGGGAGGAAAUGGCGAAAUCCACGGAUCAUCUUGAAAAACAAGACGGUGGGACUGGCGUGUGGAUUGUUGGUCACUCAAUGGGUGGCGUGGUUGCGCGUCUGGCAGUGGAGAUGAUGCGGAAUUCUGGGACCUCUAUUUUUUUGGAAGGCGUCAUCACACUCAAUACACCACAUCGUUAUCCUCCCAUCUUUAUGGAUGCUGCCAUGUUUAGGAUCUACACUAAUCUGUGGCAGCCGUCUGAUCGGGACUUGGCUUUAAAGAAGUCGUGGCAUCGAGCACCACAUUUCUACUCUCUCACCUCAGGUUCAUUGGACCUUCAGGUGGAGCAGUGGUUGACAAAUCUUGCUGGACUAGAUGAGAACCGGUUCCCACAUACAAUGUUCCGUACAGAGGAUCCAACUGUUUGUGGAAAGUCGUUAUCACAUACGGAUAUUGUGCGAGACUAUUGUGUUCUCGAAUUUGUUGCGAAUAUCAUUGCGAAAAAGAUUACUGGAUUAAGGCACACACCAAUUCACGCCCGCAAUCCACUGGCCAGCUUUUCUGGUGGCGUCACUGCGCCCUUGUGGUGGGCAAAUAAGAGUGUAACGAGCCACACACUCCCUGUUGCCGCAUUAUCUUUUUACACCGCAUUGGUGCUCUCCGCCAUCUACCCAACUGUUUUUCCUCCAAUGGCCAAACAACGUUUUAUAUCUAAUCACCGUAUUUCGUGUUUUUGCUGGGGGCAUCAAGUGGCACUGCCGCGAGGGAUACCAACGAUGGGCGGCGCGGUGAUUGGUUCUCUUUUCAUAGGUAUUUGUAGCCGGAUUUUUUUUGUGCAGAUUCGCUGCUUUUUUUUGCCCUGUUCCUCCAUAUGCGGUCUGCCGUGGGUCGCCGACGAUAUUGCAUGCAUUUCUGAAGCAAGAUGCAGCCAUUUGCCGUCGUCUUUUGUUGCUUGGCUUGGUCCAGCACUCCUCGGGUCAUGGGUAGGAUUAUUGGUUUAUUAUCUGAUUUGCGGUUUGUUGCGGUUGAGUUUACUUAUUUGGACGGUGCUGGGGUCAUGCCAUCUUUAUAAAAUCCACUUAUUACGUCAUAUUCGGCCAGGAGUAAAUAUGUGGUACUGCUUUUUCAUGCUGGUAUACCCCGUUACCGCGGCGACUAGUACUGUAUUUUUAGAGUUGUAUCAACGUACGAUUGUGUGGCUUGCUUUUAUAUUAUUGAUGAUGCCAUUACGUGUUCUUGUGGAGAAUGCUGCAGCCAACACACCCCAGCCUACCGCGAGUGCCGAUGCCUCUGCCCCUGUGGCCGUCUAUGCCUUGUUGCAUGCCCUCAACGUUCAGCCCACUUUUGCGUGGAAAAAUAAGAAGUUAUCUGGCACGGCCGACAGCAACAAUAUAUUGGAUGAAUGCAUCCGUGUGUCGGAGGUUUUCCUUCAUGUAUUGUUGUUCACACACUUUUUGUGGCCCAUUUUUCGCUCGUUUGUUCUUCAAAAAAGUGGACAUUUGCCUCUUUUAAAAUUAUCUUCUUCGCGUGGGUCAUUUUUAUGCAUGGCAACCUCAGUUGUUUUUAUCCUCAUUUACAUGUCGCUUUUUGCCAUGAACGGACUCCCCGUGGAGGUGUUCCGCGUUGUGUGGACGCUUCUUUGGGGGUUUCCCGCCUUCCUGUUUGUCAGCACAGUGGGCUUGGACGGAGUGCUCGUUGAGCGCUUUGCCCCGACGUCCCUUAGGGUUAUUUGA